AUGCGGAAGUCUGCGAAAGUAGUCAACAGCCCGCAGACGGACCUGAUCCUCCUGCCAACAUAUGCUCGGAAUUCAUCAACUGGCUUUGGAACUCGUGCUUCAAAGCCCUUCCUCUCGCCCUGUGUUCACUUCCAUUCUACGGCGACCUUCACCGCUCAGUCUGUCCUCUUGAUUGCCCCUGUCGCCGGUCCACGAUUCCAAACCCACGGCAGUCAACCCGAACCCGCCCCCCGGCGCAGCGGCAGCUUGGCGGCGAAAAAGAGGGUUGCCCAGUUGCAGAAGAAGAAGAAGGCCGCGGCUGCAGGCUCGGGGGAGAAAUCCACGACAGCUGCCAAAGACCCUUCCAAAAAGGGGGACGAGCCGGUUGGGGAUAGGACAGAAGGAGAUGUCGAUGCCGAUACCCAAGAGAAGGCCACAAGCAAGGUAGACGAGGUCGGCGACGCCGAGGCAAUCCCCCCUGCUGCAGAGGCAGAGGCAGAGGUAGAUGCAGACGAAGAAGCCUUCACUGCUGCAAUUCAAGCAGCGAGUGCCAAUAGUCCCACGCCGGAAACGGUCCUUUCUCCCGCAACGAGCUCACCCCCUUCUGGCGAUCAAGACCAGCCCUCCUCCACAAAGGGAGCCAGUGCUCGCCAUGCUGCCCGCCAACCGAGCAUUAGCCUGCAAAGCAAAAUCCGGAGCACCAGUUUCCGGGACAGCGGACCGUUGAGCCCUGCUCUGAUGUCGGGGAAUCCUUUGUUGAGGGUGGAAGAGCUGGAGAAAGAGAACAAACGGUUGACAAGGGAAGCAGAAGCCCACGAGAAGAGGUGGCGUAAACUGGAAGAAGAGUUGGAGGAGGUGCGGGAGGAGAAUGCUGAGAAGCAAGCAAAUGGCGAGGCGGAUGAGGAGAUUCGGCGGUUGCGGGCCGAGAUUGAGGCACUGAGACGACGAGCAAGUCUCAACACAACCACACUCAGCCGGAGGGGCAGCGCUGCGGGUGAGGAUGUGGCCGUGUUAAAGGCCGAACUGGAGAGGAAAGAUUCCGCCAUAGCGGACAUGCAGCUCGAGAUUUCGAGACUCCGGGGCCAGCUGUCGAGUCAGGCCCAAGGGUGCGAAGCGCACGGAGAGCAAAUUGCCGGGCUGCAGGCGUCGUUGUCGUCGGCAGAGACCAAGUUGAAAACAUUAGAGAGUGACUUGUCAGAUGCGAAGAAGGCGCUGUCCAAGGCUAGUGAGAAGGCUGUGCUGGACUCGACGGAGCGCACCAGCAAGGAGAUGAAGAUUCGGGCUCUGGAGAAAGAAUUGCAAGAAACUGCCGCACAAAGGGACGAGGUCGUGAAGAAAGCCGAACAGCUGGAGAAGAAGAUCGAAGUGAUGAACAAGCUGCACCGCGAGGCCGAAGCAAGGCAUGCCUCCAAGUUGGCCGCGGCCGAGGCCACCGCCCGAGAAGUGCCAGCGCUGCGCAUGAAGAUCGAAAAGGCCGAGAAUGAAACUGCCCAAUUACGGGAAAGGCACAAGCGUGUCAUGAGUGGCGAUGGAGGAGGAGAGGGCCUGGAUGAGCUGGAAGACGAAGAGAGGCAGAAACUCGAAAGACGAAUUCGGGAACUGGAAGGCCAAGUCUUUGAUCUCCAGCGUGGUGUCUGGAGAGACAAGAGAGUGCAGAUGCAGCCUCGGGGAGAUGAUGUCGGAUCGCGAACCUCGUUGGAUCCUGGCCCGGAGGACUUUGACGACGUGGAUCUCUCAGGUCCUGGAAACACCAGCGGUCGACGGAGGAGCUCGGUGAACCAGCAGCAGCAGCAAACCCGCCAUUCCAACUUUGCCCAGGUGCUGAAUUCGGGUCUCGCAGCAUUCCGUGCGAGCACCACGUCUCCCAGCCAACAGACUCGGGCCCGGAACGAUUCUCUGCUGCAGGAGUUCGACGACGACGAGGCCUUUGACGAGAACGCCUUCGCCCGUGCCCAGAAAGAGGAGGAGGCCCGGCAGAUGGUGGAGCAUGUGAGAGAAGUGAAACGGGGAUUGAAGCAGUGGACGGGUUGGCGGCUGGAUCUGGUAGAGGCGAGACGGGCGGGUGUCGGGGUGGGAUACGGAGAGAUUUUUGAACUCUGA